ACCGAAAACUCGCUGUUUCUUAUCCCUGAACUGAUUAGGUGAAAAAUCUGCCUUGAGCAGGGCACUUAACCCUAAUCGCUCCUAAAAAUUGUUUGGAUAAGUGUCUGCUACAAUAUAAAGUUAGCUCGUGUAAUUUCACUUGCAUUAUUAGGAUGUACACUAUAUGAGGCUUUAAUGUCACAAAAGUUAACAUUUAAUUUUAAAAGAGACUGGAUCCAUCAAUUGAGUGGAUCUAUCCCCUCUUCGAGCCAAAAGGAAACAAAGCUUGUGUAUACGUCAUGUGUGUGGCAACGACGUUACGAAUAAUAACACACUCACAUUUGUGACGUUCUACACAUCAGAGACUGUCGGUUGAUAUUUAUUGUCCGAGGCAGGCGUACAAUUUUCAUCAGGUUAAGGACCCCAGGAUGUUGCGUCUGCGUUGCAAAACCAAAAAUGGGAGCCACAUUAUGCAGGGCCUGACCCAUCAGUCCUGUGUGCAGGAGCUGAAGAGCAAGGUAGAGGAGCUGACUGGUAUCCCCUGUGAUGUACAGAAGAUCAUGGUUGGUUACCCUCCCUCUAGCUUGGACCUCCGAAACGGAGAUGCUCACCUCAAGGACUACCCCAUCAAAUCAGGAGACACUCUCAUUGUUGAGGAGGAAGAGAAGAACAAGAUGAAGACCCAGACAACCAAUUCAGCUGUAACCAAGGGACCCCGCCUGGAGUCUCCCCCUGUGCUGGCCAGAAGGGUCGUUCCAGCAGACAACUCCUGUCUGUUCACCAGUGUCUCCUAUGUGGUGGAGGGCGGGGUAUACGACCCAGCGUGUGCCCCCGAGAUGCGAGGUCUCAUUGCCCAGAUCGUGUCGAGUGACCCAACGGCUUACUCUGAGGCGGUUUUGGGAAAGACCAACGAGGAGUACUGCACCUGGAUCCGACGUGACGACACCUGGGGCGGAGCUAUAGAGGUGUCCAUCCUGUCCAAAUUCUACCAGUGUGAGAUCUGUGUAGUGGACACGCAGACAGUGCGUGUGGAUCGAUUUGGUGAGGACGCUGGCUACCACAAACGUGUGCUGCUCAUCUACGACGGCAUCCACUACGACCCACUGCAGAAAGAAACGCCUAGUUCCGACACUCCGCCCCAGACCAUCUUCUCCACCACAGAUGACAUCAUCCUGGCCCAGGCCCUGGAGCUAGCGGAUGAGGCGCGAAGGAAGCGGCAGUUUACGGACAUCAACCGCUUUGCCUUGCGCUGCAUGGUGUGUCAGACAGGCCUAGUAGGACAGAAGGAGGCCCGGGAACAUGCCAAGGAGACGGGCCACACCAACUUUGGAGAGGUGUAAGUCAGAGCGCUCUUCCUCCUCUCACCCCCCCCUUACCUCACAACCACCACUCCCAUGCCGUCACAUCUGUGUCUGUACGAUCCUCUACCUCACUUGGUCCAGCGAGAUUCUGCAGACCCUGGGGUUCGGUCUUACCCGUUCAGUAUUACUACUACAGCUGUCAGCUCACGGGCUAAUCUACUGUAAGGUUCUGAUCUCAUACAAAAUAUCCUCUACAAUUGUUUUAGGGACAUUUUUAAGCUCAGUUUUGAGUCUUCACUCAAAACACAGUGGGUGAUUGUUUGUUGAAGUCCUGUUGCUCAGUAAUGUAGCAUUUGUUCAGUUUGUUGACACUAAUGGAGCAGAACUUUCUUAAUACCAAAGUUGGAGAUGCCUGGAAAUGCCUCGCUUUUUCAGUUCUGACUUGUGGCACAAUCGUCAUGGCAUGGCUAGAUAGUACUACAACAGAAAUCUUUUUCCAGGGCCAUUGUGCCAAGAUACAUGUUUGAUUUCACACAUCAAUGACAAUAUUAAUUCAAAUGUUUUUGUUUGUGCCUCACUAGUACUUGGAAAAACAGUGACAACUGUUGCAAAAUAUCAAAUAUAAACCCAGUCAGUCACUUGGUAGAGAAGCUGUUAUUUUAUUAUUUUGCAUUGGCAAUGUAUUUAAUAUUUGUAAUAGCAGAGUUUAGCUAGAUUCCUUAAAGGUCAAUACAACCCUAAAUUAUUCAACAAUGGUGCUGUGACAACUGUAUAAGUUAUUGUGUAAGCUAUUACUGAAUUUAAUUUGUUAUUUUCUGCGUUGUGGGUUGUCAGGUGUUUGGAUUUAAAUAUAGUUAUUGGUGUGGAACAUUAACAUUUCAUGCAAUUAUUAUCAUGCCAUGGCACUCUAGCAUCAAAAGGCCAUGGCAUUACCCACAGUGGGAUUGUUUUUUAAUUAUAUUUAUUUGUGUCUGUUUUAUAUGGUGUAAUUUGAAUUAUGGUAUUUUGUAUUACAGAGAAUCGAUAAGAAUGCUACAUGCUUAUUUUAUUUACAUUUUAAUCUUGGAGUUAUUAGACUGAAUGAUAUAGAUUGUAAGUCUGUGAUGAAUCAUUAUAUAUUUGUAGUUCAGGUACUGUACACAAUGUGCUUUGCUAUUCAACAUUCUUUUCAUGAUAGUGUUUUCUUUUUCAUUUCCCAUUAGCCUCUCACUCACACCCUGGAGGUCUUGUUGGACUAAUGUGAGGACCACCAAGUGAUGUCAUAGUUGUAAUGUUGAUCUAUAACCACGUUUCCAUCCAGUUUUUAUGCAAGAUAAGUCAUACCAUAUUUUCAAAAAACAGCUGUGAUGGAAACAGGAAUCUUCGGCACAGUUUUAUAAAUGCCGACAGAUCAUUUGUUUGUUCGACAUGGUGGGAUCUUUUUGUCUUUUAAAAUUAAUUAUGCGAGAAAUGGUGGAAACGCCUUUAUGCACAGAUAUUGAUAGAAUAACCAUCAUAUUGACGUAAACUUGGAGUCACGCAAUUAUAUGGUGUGUGUGGUUCUUCCACUACGACUCUGGAAACCAUGUAGUUUAUUAGGCUGCAGAUGAAAUAAAUGAUGAACUUCACAGGCUGGUAAAAGUGCACAAUGUUGAGCUUGAUGCUCCUUUCCAAUAAAUAAUCUGGUGACAUGAUGAUUGAUGCUUGACUGCAGUUUGACCAACAAAUAUUCUCGCCUUUAUCCGUAAUAAUCAUAUAGACUAGCCUAUUCGCACUGUAUCUGCAAGCUGUUGGCUAGAGCGCACUUGCCAAGACUAGAGUAGGUACAUCUUGCUAUUGAACUCAACAGUUUUUGUGACAAAACUAUCAGUGGAGUUGAAAAUGUGAUGCAAACACAUUGAACUUUAGAUUUUAUUUGGAACAUGAAAAGUUUUGUGAAAAAAAAUACAUUGUGUGCACUACGUCAUCAUGCACUGAUUUUGAUCCCCAACAAGUCAGUUUGGUGGGAAAAGCGCAUAAAAUCUGUCUCCAAUUGGAUGGAAACCUAGCAACUGUUCAAUCUAAAUGCAUGUGAGAAGAAGACUGCCGCUGUUCUACUUUCACAGAUGACAGCCACCAUGAUCUCAUGCCUUGCUCUUGAAGCAGCAGAGCCAUUGAGAUGGUUGAACCAUAUAAUUCUCACACAUGAAAAUACGUGAAUUCUGACAGUUUUCUUCAAGAGGUUGAUACUGUUGUUACUGGCAAAAAUAAUCAUGCAUUGCUCAAAAAAAUAAAGGGAACACUUAAACAACACAAUGUAACUCCAAGUCAAUCACACUUCUGUGAAAUCAAACUGUCCAUUUAGGAAGCAACACUGAUUGACAAUAAAUUUCACAUGCUGUUGUGCAAAUGGAAUAGACAACAGGUGGAAAUUAUAGGCAAUUAGCAAGACCCCCCCCCCAAUAAAGGAGUGGUUCUGCGGGUGAUAACCACAGACCACUUCUCAGUUCCUAUGCUUCCUGGCUGAUGUUUUGGUCACUUUUGAAUGCUUUCACUCUAGUGGUAGCAUGAGAUGGAGUCUACAACCCACACAAGUGGCUCAGGUAGUGAAGCUCAUCCAGGAUGGCACAUCAAUGCGAGCUGUGGCAAGAAGGUUUGCUGUGUCUGUCAGCGUAGUGUCCAGAGCAUGGAGGCGCUACCAGGAGACAGGCCAGUACAUCAGGAGAUGUGGAGGAGGCCGUAGGAGGGCAACAACCCAGCAGCAGGACCGCUACCUCCACCUUUGUGCAAGGAGGAGCACUGCCAGAGCCCUGCAAAAUGACCUCCAGCAGGCCACAAAUGUGCAUGUGUCUGCUCAAACGGUCAGAAACAGACUCCAUGAGGGUGGUAUGAGGGCCCGACGUCCACAGGUGGGGGUUGUGCUUACAGCCCAACACCGUGCAGGACGUUUGGCAUUUGCCAGAGAACCCCAAGAUUGGCAAAUUCGCCACUGGCGCCCUGUGCUCUUCACAGAUGAAAGCAGGUUCACACUGAGCACAUGUCACAGACGUGACAGUCUGGAGACGCCGUGGAGAACGUUCUGCUGCCUGCAACAUUCUCCAGCAUGACCAGUUUGGCGAUGGGUCAGUCAUGGUGUGGGGUGGCAUUUCUUUGGGGGGCCGCACAGCCCCCCAUGUGCUUGCCAGAGGUAGCCUGACUGCCAUUAGGUACCGAGAUGAGAUCCUUAGACCCCUUGUGAGACUAUAUGCUGGUGCGGUUGGCCCUGGGUUCCUCCUAAUGCAAGACUAUGCUAGACCUCAUGUGGCUGGAGUGUGUCAGCAGUUCCUGCAAGAGGAAGGCAUUGAUGCUAUGGACUGGCCCGCCCGUUCCCCAGACCUGAAUCCAAUUGAGCACAUCUGGAACAUCAUGUCUCGCUCCAUCCACAGACUGUCCAGGAGUUGGCGGAUGCUUUAGUCCAGGUCUGGGAGGAGAUCCCUCAGGAGACCAUCCGCCACCUCAUCAGGAGCAUGCCCAGGCGUUGUAGGGAGGUCAUACAGGCACGUAGUGGUUUUCCACUUUAAUUUUGUGUGACCCAAAUCCAGACCUCCAUGGGUUGAUAAAUUUGAUUUCCAUUGAUAAUUUUUGUGUGAUUUUGUUGUCAGCACAUACAACUAUGUAAAGAAAAAAGUAUUUAAUUUUGAUUAUUUCAUUCAUUCAGAUCUAGGAUGUGUUAUUUUAGUGUUCCCUUUAUUUUUUUGAGCAGUGUAUAAUGUUUGGUUGUUAGCAGAGAUGAACGGCUGGUGAUUUUUUAUUUUUUUUCCCCUAUCUAACUAUUAAUGCAGUCUAAAAGCUCUCGCACAUCAUUUCUCAAAACAAAAUAUUUAUUUUAGCUUUUGUCAGCUGGUUGUAAACAGACUCCAAAGUGUCCCCUAUACAAUUCAGAAAACUCUUUUGACUUGUUAUUUAUAGAAAAUGGACAGCAUGUAUGAACAUUAUGAAAGCUUGUCUUACAAUGAAAUACUCUGGAUCAGGGCAGGCUUUGUGUGGAAUAUGUUUCCCUGUUCUUGCUUGGACUUUUCAAAGACUUGUGUGUAAGAGGUCUGGGGCAUUGUUCUAGUGGGUGUUGAUUUGACUCAAAUAAGACUUCUCCAACAACCCAUUACAUGGAUGUUCAAGGAAAUGUUCAAUGAAUGUUGCACUCAAAGCACUACAGAGAAACUGGGUUUACUUGAUUUUUCCAAUGUUGUGUCACAAUAAAAUAAAUCAUUUAGGAUAUUA